AUGCCAAGUGGGGGAGACACUCUCUCUUAUGUCAAGUGUUUCAAAUGUGGAAAGUUUGGACACCGUGAUAAUGAAUGCAAGAAUAAUAUUCUGAGGUGUUUCAAGUGUGGGAAGACAGGUCACUGUGUUGAAAAUUGCAAGAGUGUUGGGCCGACUUGUUAUAACUGCGGCGAACAGGGUCACAUCAGUAUAAAUUAUCAAAACCCAAAGAAGACAUAUUCUAGGGGAAAUGUCUUUGCCUUGUCAGGGUCAGAGACUACCAGUUCAAACAAUUUGAUUCGAGGUACAUGUUUUAUUAAUAAUAUUCCAUUGGUUGCUAUUAUUGCCACGAGUGCAACACAUUCUUUUAUUUCGCUUGAUUGUGCUGAGAGGUUGGGUUUGAAAUUGUCUUCUAUGAUUCGGAGUAUGAUUGUUGAUACCCCAUCUCUAGGUCUGAAUAUGAAAGCUAAUGACAAAGAAGAAGAGAGAAAAUGUAUGCUAGGGUUUUACUAUGAGAGAAACGACGAUACUGUCAAGAAACGAGAGCUAAUUCGCUUAUAG